AGAAGAAGUGCCUGCAUACUUCACUCACCGAGCUAGUUCUGGUUCUCUAACCAUCAAUCUGACUCCAACACCUCUUCCUUCUUCCUUCAGAUUCAAAGUUUGCAUCUUUGCUGUCAUACAAAUGUUUUACGCGUGAGAUUCAGUGGAAUGAGGUGUCUUGUUGUAUCAGGGGUAAACAGAGUGAUGGACGCCCUUUCGAAUAUAGAUCAAGUCAACACAGUCUUCCAUUUACUAAAGAUCGAUUUUAUAGUGGCGCGGUAGGCGACCAUCUGUAUAUGUUUGAUGAUGAUGAUGAUGAUGAUGAUGAUGAUGAUGAUGAUGGCAAAGAUGAAAAUGCUGAUGAUGGUGCCAAAGAUGAAAGUGCUGAUGAUGGUGAAGGUUCUUUUAAGACGGAGGAUGUUUUGUUUCAAUUACCGAAAGAAGAAAGGAAAAUCAGGUACAAAGAGAGUAUUAAAAGGCUCACUUUGGUCUAGAGUCUUUGCAGUCAAGAGAAAGCAGCUCAAGUUUGGGUUACGCCAGUGAGUGAUUCUCUCAAUAUAUCUGGAUGUGCGUACGUAAUAUUUAGACUCGACGUUUCCUCGUUCAAUUCUCCAGCGGACGGGGAUCUCUACGCAUUCCUUCCCAGCACCAGAUUAGGCUCUCUGCCUUCUCAGCUCUCUCAAUGAUAAGAGGUUUCUAACUGUUUCUCUCCAGAAGACAAUCUUGGAUGGUUUGAUUCCUUAAUUCUCUUUCUAAGAGGGAAACCUGUGAAAGAUAUCCAGGUGGAGGAGCUGCAUUUUCAAAAUGCAAGAUUAGGUUUUCAUGGAAGAGGCUCAGUUAGUCGACGUCAGAGAACCUGACGAGAUAGCCAAAGCAUCCUUGCCUGAAUUCCAAGUAUUCCCACUCCGCCAAUUUGGAACGUGGGCGCCAGAAAUCACUUCAAAGCUGAACCUUGAGAAGGAUACAUUCGUCAUGUGUAAGGCUGGUGGCAGGUCGUUGCAAGUUGCAAACUGGCUUCAGUCUCAGGGCUUCAAGAGUGUGUAUGUGUACACUGUGGCUGGUACAAACCUAUUCUCUCAAGGUCGACCCUUCAAUUCCUACUUACUGAAACUUCCUAUCAUUUUCUCUCUUUUUCUUGUAUUCUUAUAACCAAAUAAUUGCAAAUCGUAUAUAAUAAAUUAUAUAAUACAAUGUUCAAAUUAGACAAUAAGCAACUUCCCAAAGUCUCCAUGAAAUGCUCUCAACCUUUUGUAAAAAUUCUUAAAAUAAACAAAUCUAAUAUAGCUUUAAAUAACAAAGUACAGAGAGGCGUGUGGUUCCUAGACACGGUUUGAAAACUGAAGGCCAGCAAAAUAAAAACUACUUGCAAAAACAGAAAAAUGCUAUUCAUAGCCAUUCAUUGGCAAAAACUCCUAAACAUUUUCUUGCUAAAGAAGAAACCAAACCCUAAAAAAACAGACAGAGGAAGUAAGAAGAGAAAAAAAAACAUCUUUAAAAAAAAAUUCAUUUUUCUCUUCUUAGUUGAGAGCUGUCUUCCUCUCCCCCCGCUCCCUCCCUUUUAAGCAACAAUGGGAAAUUGUUGCGGACGAGACACAGGGAACAACAAUGGCGAACCCACUUAUGAAAAUGGAGUCAGUGCUGAAGCCUCUGUGAAAGCUUCUAGACACCCACCAGCAUCUCCUCCUCCUGCAACCAAACAAGGUCCAAUAGGUCCCGUCUUAGGCCGACCAAUGGAAGAUGUAAAAAGCUCAUACUCAUUAGGGAAAGAGCUUGGUCGUGGACAGUUCGGUGUGACCCAUCUCUGCACGCAAAAGGCCACGGGUUUGCAGUUCGCGUGCAAGACCAUUGCCAAAAGGAAGCUGGCGAACAAAGAGGACAUUGAGGAUGUGAGAAGAGAGGUGCAGAUAAUGCAUCACUUGACGGGUCAACCAAACAUCGUGGAGCUUAAAGGAGCAUAUGAGGAUAAACAUUCGGUGCAUUUGGUCAUGGAGCUUUGCGCAGGAGGAGAGCUGUUCGAUAGGAUCAUUGCUAAAGGGCAUUACUCUGAGAGAGCUGCUGCUUCCUUGCUAAGGACCAUUGUUCAGAUUAUCCAUACUUGUCACUCCAUGGGGGUUAUUCACAGGGAUUUGAAGCCUGAGAACUUUUUGUUGCUUAACAAAGAUGAGAACUCUCCUCUCAAGGCCACAGACUUUGGUCUGUCUGUUUUCUACAAGCCAGGAGAGGAGUUCAAAGACAUUGUGGGAAGUGCUUAUUACAUUGCACCUGAGGUUUUGAGGAGGAAGUAUGGACCUGAGGCUGAUAUUUGGAGCAUUGGUGUCAUGUUGUAUAUCCUCUUGUCUGGUGUUCCACCUUUCUGGGCUGAGUCAGAGAAUGGGAUUUUCAACGCCAUUCUAAGUGGACAGAUUGAUUUUUCAACCGAUCCAUGGCCAGCCAUUUCACAUCAGGCAAAGGAUCUUGUUAGGAAGAUGCUCAACUCUGAUCCAAAACAAAGAUUAACCGCUGCUCAAGUUCUCAACCAUCCAUGGAUCAAGGAGGAUGGAGAAGCACCAGAUGUUCCUCUUGACAAUGCAGUCAUGUCAAGGCUCAAGCAAUUCAAAGCAAUGAACAAUUUCAAGAAAGUUGCUUUAAGGGUGAUAGCCGGGUGCUUAUCAGAGGAAGAAAUCAUGGGGUUAAAGGAGAUGUUUAAAGGAAUGGACACCGAUGACAGUGGAACAAUAACUCUUGAGGAACUAAGACAGGGACUCGCCAAGCAAGGUACAAGGUUGUCUGAAUACGAAGUCCAGCAACUUAUGGAAGCUGCUGAUGCGGAUGGUAAUGGAACAAUAGACUAUGGAGAAUUUAUAGCAGCAACAAUGCACAUCAAUAGACUUGACAGAGAAGAGCAUCUCUACUCAGCUUUCCAACACUUUGACAAAGACAGCAGUGGAUAUAUUACAAUGGAAGAGCUGGAGCAAGCCCUGAGGGAGUUCGGCAUGAACGAUGGCAGGGACAUUAAGGAAAUCAUCUCUGAGGUUGAUGGAGACAAUGAUGGGAGGAUAAACUAUGAGGAAUUUGUGGCUAUGAUGAGAAAAGGAAACCCAGAUCCCAACCCUAAGAAGAGGCGUGAAAUGUCGUUUAAAUGAUGGAAGAGACAAGUCAGAAGAAGCACAUAAGAAAGUGAAAAAGAAGAAAAAAAGUUAAUUCUAAAGUAGGCUUGGGUUGCUCAUGAUAAGACCACCAAGACACAGAGAGAGAGAAGUAUGGGAUCAGGAAGGUGGUUUCAUGUUUGUAAAAUUUUAAUGCUUGUCUACUACUGUUUUAAGUUUCAGAGGUUUCUCAUUGUAUCAAAAAUCCUUUUUAUCAAUUCAAAUGUGCAUUAGUGAUGUUUGUUAAUCACCCUCCUGAGUCCUGAGCAUAACAUAGAUGUCACUACCACCGUGUCUAUAUAUAUAUAUAUCACUAUAUACAGACUUAAAAA